CCGUAACUGAACCCGCGAAAAUUUCUCUGAUUGCCCCUCUCUCUCUAAAUUCCAACCGUUUGCCCUCUCUAGGUUGAUCGUUGAUCUCGACACUGUUCUCUGCAAAUUUCUCCCAGCGAAACCGCCUUGACGCCGGACCUGGAACGAACGCCGUCUAGUCGAGGACGUAAUCUAGAAUGACCAGCAAUAACUUGACGCCUGCUGCUCCCGUGGAUGAGGGUGACUGGAGAGCUACAUUGAAUGCGGACCUGCGGCCAAGAAACGUGGAGAAAAUAUUCGAGGCAUUAAAGAGGGAUCUACAAUUUUCUGGUCCAGAAGGGGUUCAAGAACUGAAGAUAAUUGCUGAAUUGUUUGAGGAAAAGAUGUAUGCUGCUGCAACUAGUGAGUCUGAUUAUUUGCACAAGAUAUCUUUGAAGACGCUCCCAGUGAAGCAAACAUCACCGUUUUCUGUACCUAGUUCUUUGCUGUCUAAAUCAUCUGGCACUGACAAUGAGCCCACUGGUCCAGGAGCAUCACCUAGUAUGCAGCCCCAAGUUCAUAACCAAGGGCUGUCACUUCCCACACUGCUACCCACUAAUCAAACUCAGACAUACCAACCGUUUUUAAAUCGUAACUUGCGGAGCACUAUAUCUUCUACUGGAGUUCAGACAUCUGCUAGUCUACCAUCCUCAUUGACUUCUGGUUCUGGUAUGAAUCAGACUCCAAUCAAUGUUGUUGGCCAGAAUGCUAGCAUGCAGAACAACUUGUCUAAUGUUGCACAAAACCCAAGCUCUUUGGUGGAAUACCAAAAUGUGAUUGAUCAGCAGAAGCAGUUAUAUCAAUCACAAGGAGUACUUUCGGAGACAUCGUCAAAUUCUACGGUGCAAACUGAUGAGACAAAUGGAGUUGAUUGGCGAGAGGAAGUCUAUCAAAAGAUCAAAACCAUGGAGGAUAUGUACUUACCCGAGUUAAAUGAAAUGCGCCAGAAAUUUGAUGCAAAGCUGCAGGAGCAACCUAAGACAGGCCAGCUUGAAAAGUUAAAGAUGUUUAAGAUUAUGGUGGAUCGCAUGUUAUCUUUCUUACAAGUAUCGAAAGACGACGUCCAAGUCAGCUUCAAGGAUAAGUUAAUUUCCUACGAGAGACAGAUAAUAACUUUUCUGAACGUGAAUCGGCCCAGGAAGCCAAUGCCUCCGAUGCAGCAAGGGCAACUUCCAUCUUCUCACAUGCAAUCGUUACAACAACCUUUGUCCCAAAUCACUCAAGCACAGUUCCAUGAAAAUCAAAUGAUCCCCAUGACCAUGCAUGGUUCUGUAUCAGCAAUGCAGCAGAACAAUAAUAUGAUGAACUCUAUGCAGACAGAUUCUAUGGCCUCACUUCAGCAGGGUGCUAUGGGGUCUCUACAACAGAACCCUAUUUCUUCCCCGCCGGCAAGUCUCAGCUCCGUGCCUUCACAAAAUGGGUUAACUACGUUGCAGACAAGCCUUCCUCUUCAGACAAACCCAAACAAUAUGCUUCAUCAAUACCAGCAUCAGCUGCAGCCGUAUCAACAGAUUCAGAAACCAUUGAUGCAGCAGGGUAUGCUUCAACAGCAGCAGUGGCAUCAACAAUGUUCACAACUACUCACACUACAUCAGAAAGCAAGGGAGCAACAAGAAAUGCUACAGCUACAUCAGGUCGCUGGUGUUAAUGAGGUGAAGCCGAACAUUUCUUCUCUUCCAAAUGUUAAUGCCGUCGCAGUGCCGAGCAUCGGACAACCACCGCAAGAAUCUCUUGCCAUUGGCACUACUCGUGUUGUUGUUCCCGACUAUGGCGCUCGUGGUAACGAUGCUUUGGCAACUGGCAAGUCAACUGUUGCAGAGCAGCAGUCACCUGAUGGUGCUCAGGUCAGUCAUUCUUUUUGA